AUGUUCUCUUGGUUUGGUGGGACGAAGGGGGAGGGGGAGUCCCCGCUGCCAACCGCGCCCCCGCCAGCAUCGAGCGAGUCGUCCCGUCUGCAGUCGCCGAGUGAAGGUGAUGUGUUCGACGAAACGGAGGACCUGCAGUACCGCGGCACAACGCCGUUCAGCGGGGGCCCCCGAGAAUCCGGAGGCUACCACAUGGCCUACAAGGACAGACCCAGACUCCAGAGCCAGGUGCAGUCCAUUGUGUGUGCGCAUCUCCUACCAUUCCCGUGUCAUUCAUUGAUUCAUUGAUGUCUGUCUGUGCAUGUGUGUGUCAGAGUCCUUACACUCACGACGUCAUUUGGCAGCGGACCAAGAACCGCAUUCCCUACUUCGAGAUCCGAGAGGUUCUCGGUGAGUGAGCCGUCACGAGAAGCUUGUGCGUCGGCUACGACAUGGCAACUGACGCUGACAAGACUUGCUUGAUGGGUCCCUUGGUUGCGUUCUGUCUGUGUGCAGAUCUAGAGUGCAAGGAGAAGGAGGCCGCCACUAAGAUCUUCGCUAAGGAAGUGCGAGAUAUCUGCAGGUAGGCAGGCAGGCAGGCAAAAGGCGAGAGCGGCGCAUUUGGCGUUCGUUAUUCGGUUUGCUUGUUCUUUCUGAUUGGUAGGGCCGAGAUAGACGAGUACAUCGAUUGCAUGAUCGAUCGGCAUUGGACUGUUCUGGCUUGCAAGCCGCUAGCCAUCGACAUGCGGAACUGCGUCCGGAAGUACGAGACGCCAGAGGUGGGAUCGACGGACGGACGGACCAACACUCACUUGUGUCGGUGAAUGCCUGUUCGUUGGCUUGUUGGUGUGCGUGUAAAUGAGUGCAGUACAUGCCUCGUCGCAUCGAUGAGAUCAUGCGCGAGAGGGAGAAACAGGGUAAGUAAGGAACCAACCAACAGAGAGAAGCCAGCGCCUUGGCUUGGACACUGACUGACUGACUGACUGAUGUGUGUGUGCUUGGUGUGCGUGUGCAGGUGAGGAUAUCAUCAAGCGGCAGGAUCGCAUGAAAUACAAUCGAUACUUCAACGAGUGAGGAACCAUCCAACCCACCACACUCGUGCCUUCAGUCAGGGUCGUACGAGCACACGAGGUGCUGGUAUCCUUCGGUCGGUUGCUGUUCGUGCCUCUUAUUUGUAGUUCGAAUGGCGAUGGCUGGUUGCCUCCUCGCCCCGGCAAACCCGAGACGGAGAGGAUGCCAUGGAAAAACCGCAACCAAGAGCCCACAGUCAGACUCACUCACUCACUCACUCUUGAUUCAGUCAGUGCACUCUGAUACGCACGGCUCUGAUGAGUGGUGUCUAUGUGCGGGUGCGCUGGCCAGGUUUACAGGGACAGGUCGCCCUCCGACGAAGAUUUGAUGCACAACAGGUGCCCGCCAAGACGAGACAGACACGAAAACCAAAGGGCGCUUCUGUGCUGGCAUGUCCGUUCAGAUAUCAUCACUCGCCCCUGGAGCCAUCGUAG